GGAAGUACCAAGAAUGGCUGCUUGUUUUUGCUGUUUUCGCUGUUGUUGGGAUGGAACCGGCUUCAGCUCGGGACACAUACCCUUAAAAGAAAUUCCAACCGUAAAAUUAGAUGCGUCACUUAUGGGCAAUGAUGUCGUAAUUGUGAAGAAUGGGCGUAGAAUCUGUGGAACAGGAGCAGCUCUUUCCAAUGCGCCAAUUGCGCAGGAUAAAGCAUAUUUUGAAGUAAAAGUACAAAGCACCGGUGUAUGGGGAGUUGGACUAGCCUCAAGAAGGUGUAAUGUGAAUGAAGUACCUCUCGGAGAGAACACAGAAUCCUGGGUAGUUAGGCAGGAUGGAGCAAUGUAUCAUGACAAGCAGCAAAAGGGCAAGCUGCCAGAAGUUCCCCAGGAAGGGGAUGUACUGGGUUUAACCUAUGACCAUGUACAACUGAACUUCUACCUGAAUGGGAAACCUCUGCCCUGUCCAUUCACAGGGAUGAAGGGGACACUAUAUCCCGUGUUUUAUGUGGAUGAGGGGGCUGUGAUGGACGUCCAGUUUGACAAAUUCUACCACCAUCCUCCUGACGGAUUCGACAGCAUCAUGAUAGAACAGUCCUUGUUGUGAUUAUACGUUUGUCUUGUUGACAGACUGAGAAAGUGGUGCUUUUAAGGCAUGGACAAUUACAAGGUUUUUUGUUGGACAGGUACAUAGAGGAGGUUGUAAUCUUAAUCACUGUGUAAAUGUGUGUCAUCACCAGGAAAAGGGUGAUGUUACAAUGUACCAGUCAUAGGUGACAUUGUACAUGUAUAUGUAUUGUGUCUUACUGUAUAUUAUCCAUGAUUGUAUAGGCCAAAUGUCUACCAGGCCAGAGAAACAAAUACAUUGUAUAUGUACUUCCUACAUUAGAGUUUAAUGACACAUGCCAUCCUAGUACUGUUUUACUGUUUUCAGGACCAUUCCAUUUGACAAUGUGAUAACAAGAUCAUGGAAUUAUUGAACAGUUUUCUGUGUAUGUACAAAAGUGCAAUAUAUGACGAGUGUUUUUAGGCUUCAUCCUUGUACGAUUUAUUCUUUUUUGAGGACACAUGUACUAUCAUUCUGCUUUGGUUACAUAUAUUUUGUAUAUUUUAAGAACAUUAUGCUUCGGAACAAAAUAAUAUUUUUGUGGUUUUUGUUUUAUCCUGCAACUACCCCUUGCAUUGACCAAAUAAAGGUAAUCCAAUAAACCAAAGCUAUAUUCAGUCAAUGCCUUAAUAUAUUCUUGUGCAUUUAUUCGACGCUCAAAUGCAUUGUGACGUCUUUCUUGCUUCGUUUACGCCAUGUCAUCAACUGCAUAGAAAUUUAUCAAAAAAAGCUUGUUUGAGGCGUAAAAUGUGAUUUUAUGUUGCAGGAUAAACAAAAUACAUAUAACUGUCAUGAAAUAUAAGCAAUAUUCAGGCAAGGGAGAAAUAUGGAAUCAUGAUUGUAGUAAAGAUAGAUAACUCUGUCAGAGACCAAGCAUUUUCACACUGUUUACCAGGAUUAGAUACUCUGAAUCAGACAUACUUCCACCUCUUCAUGUCUGUUUUAGUUAUGUGUAUUUGUUAAUUGUGGCAUGCUGGGUUUGCAGGGCAGCAAACAAAGACAAACUAUAUAAUUCAUGUUCUUUAAACAUCAUUUCAUAUCAUCAAAUCAUCUUUUGCGUUACAUAGUAUAUCACUAUAUGCAUCAAGUGUAUUCCUUUUGGUUAGGAUAAAUGAUAUUCCAGAGCCCAAGCAGUUAAGUUUAUUUAAGUUAUUUUGUGACCCUUAUAUCCUUAAUUUUAAAACGCAUAUUGGGAAAUGACCUAUGUUUUAUUUGGCUUAUAUUUGCUUCUUUGAAGAAACAUUGUAAACCUGGUAAUGGUCAGAAACUGUUUGAAAUCUGGCAAAACAUUUAAACCAAAUAUUGUAAACACAUUAUAUUUACUGGCAUAUUGUUGAAAUUAAACUGUAAUAUGAAUUUAAUAUCUGCCACAUGAAGUGUUAAGAAUCAUCACCAUUUUUGUUUGUUUUUGUACUAGUCUUGCAUAUAAACAUCUGCUGUUUGAUAAUCUUCAACACUAUUUAAUAAAAUAAAUGCAUAACACAUCUUU